UCGACCCAUUUGAAACAAAUGGUGAGUUUCUAGUAUAUGUAAAACCCUCAUAACUUCCUUGUCAAACUGAUACACCACUUGUGGAUAUUAAUUCUUGGAUAGAUGCUAAAUUUGGGAGAAACUCUUCAAGAGCAGAUAUCUCAUCGCAAAGCUAGGGCUAUUCACAUGAAAAGAUUAAAUGAAAUUAAGAACAGAACUCCACCUGGAAGGAAUAAAGUAAUGCUCAACACUGUUAAGAGAAGGAAGUUUAUGUUACAGGAAAGAAUGAAUUACCUGAACAAGUCUAACCAAGCAUUAGCUCAGAGACUACUUGCAAUAGGCAAGAAUAACAGCAAAACUGUUGAUAAUAACUGGGUCAUGAACAAACCAUUGAAAAUAAGAAAACUGGUUAUAAGUAGGUUGAAGAGAUAUAGUUCCUUGGAGAGUAAGGAUAGGAGAAGCAAUGAAGAACAUAUACGGAUUCAGGAGCUGGUCGAUAAACGUAUGCCAGAUAGUUCUAAGAAAAAGAGAGCAAGAUCAAGACAGAGAUGAAGGCAAAAAUAUAUCAGAGAUCAAGUUAUUUCUUCAAUGUAUACAACGAGAUAUAAUAAAAUUCGAACAAUUGAAGAAGAGAAUUUAAAGUUUGCUAAAAGAUUAUACCAGAAGAAACCUUCUAUAUCUAAAAAGAUAUUAGAAAAUAGCUUCAAAUCUCAUCUUGCAUUGAAGAAAAGAAUGAGCAGGUUUUCUCAAAGCCGCACUAGAAACUCAAUUGCUAUAGAAAUAGCCCGCAGAAAAACCAGCACUAGCUGUCAAGCAAAACGCUUAAUCAAUAAAAUCCCAACCUUCCACUCUUCAAUAAUCCCAAAAUCCAGAACCCGUACUCCAUCAAACCAACCCUCCAUAAAUCCCUCCCUAUAAUCACC